AUGGGUCUCAUGAAGCCCCUGCUGCCGCCGCCGCCCAAGGUCGUCGACGUCUUCAGGCAACCUCCACUCCUGCCCAGCUCGCCCGCCCACCUCAGCAUGUGGUCGCAGCCCACCCAGCAGCCCGCCAUGCCUGCCCCCGUCGACAUGUGGCGGGUGCUGCCGUCGAGCCCGAGCGUCACGUCGACAUCCCAGGAGUCUGCGUCGCCCAUCUGGGCCAACAUGGGAAUGUCAGAGGUGCAACUGCCAUCGCCGACGCCGGCCUACAGCCAGCCCUUCUCGUCUGCCGGUCUCUUCUACAGCUCAGCAGUCGUGACGGCGCCCAUCCCUGCCCUGCCGCUGCCCAGCAUGUUCGCGCCACAGUGCGGCGUCGGCAUGGGCUACGGCGGCUUCGGCUGGGACAGGUACCAGGAGUAUGCGACCAUGACCUGA